AUGCCUCAGGACUACGUUCUCGCCCGGCUUCUCCACAACAAUGCUCAGUGGGCUGAAGCCGUCGAACGAGCAGACCCCGGGUUCUUCGCCCGGUCUGCUGAAGGCCAAUCUCCUAAGGUGCUCUACUUCGGGUGUUCAGACUCACGCGUGCCCGAGUCCGUCGCCACCAGGUCGAUGCCGGGCGACAUCUUCGUUCACCGCAACAUCGCCAACCAAUGCCCCCUCGACGACGACAACGCGCUCUCCGUGCUCAUCUACGCCGUCGCGACGGUCAAAGUCUCGCACAUCAUCGUCACCGGGCACACUCACUGCGGCGGCGCCAAAGCGGCCCUCGAAGCCGCGCACGCCACCUGUCCCCCGUGCGAGCCGCCGUCCGACCCGCUCGGCCGCUGGCUCGCGCCGCUUACGGAGAUCGCGCGCGGGUACGAGGACCUCCAGGAGCUCAUCGAAGCGAACGUGCGCGCGCAGAUCGAGAAUAUCGUGCAGACGGACGUGGUGAAGGCCGCGUGGGCGGAGGGCAGAGACGUGCAGGUGCAUGGGUGGAUGUAUGAGCUCGAGACGGGGCGGAUGCGUGACCUGUGCAUCUCUGUCGGCAAAGAAGGUGUGCUGUGA